AUGCUCACAGGAGAAGGAGCUUGCCUGGUGUGGUGGUUUCUUCUCAAAUGCCUAAGGCUUCAUGUAUUGACAGAGGGACACCGCCCAGGGGACACCCACACGCUGCUCAGUCUAGAAGAGAUCUGCUGGAGGGUCCUUCAGAGUGCAGACAAAACUUCCAGUACCCUGAGUCGGUUUGGAGGAGAGAUGAUUAUAGGGGAGGCUGUUUCUCUCCAUCAGCAACAGAGGGAGCUGAUGAAACUACCACCUCAGAUGCCUAAGAAAUGCUCCAUCAUGAAAACUACUCUACCAAGCAGUCAUGCUGCAACAGCUUUGGAAGGAAGGAAUAAGAGAAGAGCUAAAACAGAGAAUCAUAUUUUCACAUCAGCUUAUCUUCCAGUGGUCCCAGAGGCUGUAUAUAGCAUUGCAGAAAGUGGUGAUGUGAAGGCCUAGGAAAAUACUAGUUGUGCCUGGAAAGGAUGUCAAGAGGGGACCCAAAAUGAGCUUAGAAGUGAUCAGCAGUCCACACCUUUGCAGCAAGAAGUGAAACUUCAUAUUGCUGCCUGGUGCAGUGAUUAUUAGCUAAACAUGCUGGGCUGGAGCCUUGAGAAUCUCAUUGUCACUGUAGGACCUGCUGCACACAUCUGGAAUGGAUGAACUCUUCAAGCCCUUGAAAGCCUUGAUUCAAAUUUGAGUUCCAAACACAUUUCAUGUCUGGCUUGGAGAAAAGGAGCAUGCCUUGCAAUUUGCACCAGUGAUAAAGAAGUGCAGUUGUGGAACACUGAAACCAGAAACAGGCUGAGAAAUAUGUUUGCCCACCUGUCUGUAAUUGGCUGGAAUCAUUGUAUUCUGAGCAGUGGUUUACUGUUAGGAUCUAUCCUUCACUGUGAUGUUCAGGUUGCUCAGCACCAUGUUGGGAUUUUCUGUCAAAACGGGCAAAGCAUUUGCAGCCUGAAAUUGUCAUUAGCCAACUUGUUGCUGGCAUCUGGGUCUAGGGGUGGUAUAUUGAAUAUCCUUAUUGAAUUCCUUUCUUAUUCUCUUCAUAGAAGUAAUGUUUAUCACAUUCUCUUCUAUCUACGUACCUUUACAGAAAAGUUUGGUGCGGAGAUAGAUCAGGCUAUGACCUGGUGUUCUUGGAAGUCAAAAGUCCUUGCUACAGGAGAUGGAAUGAAAGAUGGGAUUUUGUGUGUCUGCAACAUGAAUUGUGAGAAAACCAUUCAAAGUGCAAUUACAGAUUCACAGAUUUCUUCAUUACUCUGGUUACCUAGUGACCUGAUGAGGGGACAAGGUCUUCCUGGAUAUCAGAUGAAAAUAUGGGAGUAUCCCAUGCUUGUCAAUUAAUUAGAACUUAAGGGUCAAAAAUGGAGAGUCUUGCAUAUAACCCUGAGCCCAGACCAGAGAAGGCUGCUUUCUGUUCCAGUGGAUGGGAUGUCUGUGAAAAGAAUAUGGGUCUGGAGGAGCAUGCACAGCAACAAAGCUGUUCAAGAACAGUUAUUUAAGCUCAUUCUUGUGACUUUUUUUCUUGAAAGCCAGUGA